AUGUUCGCCACGAGAGCCCUUCGACAGGCCGCUGUCCACGCCGAGCGGACUCCCAUGAUCCGAUUCCUCGGCCCCCGGACCAUUCCCUCUUCCAUCGACCACACUCCUCAGCCUCACCCCGCUUCUCCCUCCGGCAAGCUUCCCGAGGGUUUCACUGCGUACUACGGCAACGGCGAUGCGGCUGCCCGGCACAACUCCUUCGGCGCCUACCGUGACCACGCCCAGCAGCACGGCCCCCUCCAGAAGACCAUCGGCGGUGCUGAUGCCGGCAUUGGCGGCUCCUCUGGCCACCAGCUCGGCUCCAUUCUGCCUCCCAAGGGCGUCGCCUUUGACGUUUCCGAGCUGCCUGCCCGCUUCCGCCGCCGCCCCAUCGACCUGAGCGAGAUCGAGGCCAUCGAGUCCGGUGGCGCAGCCUUGAUUUAA